AAUAUCAAUGAAUAGGUAGCCUAAAUAACAGCAGCUCAUAGGACAUAUAGUUUCAUUAAAUACAAAGUAGUCACCUCCGACCUGCACUCCCUUGGGAGUCUGAUAAGGUCUGAUACGGGAGGGACGUACAGCUACUAUGUAUUUUCCGAUAACAAUGGGCUUUGCAUGCUGCAGGAUGCUGGAACUCCAUGAAGUUCUUGGGGGCAAGUGAAUGGGCAAGUUAAGAGGUGUGUUCAGAAGGGAAUCACCCAGCGAGCAGGAUGGGAGGAAAGCGAAGGUGACGUGCAAACCAGUAAGGGUGGGUUGCUCCAACUCCUCCUCACUCUGAGCCGGGCUGAACAGGGAGGGAGCUGGGCAUGUGUCACACACGCAGACCUGCUGCUGCUUUCACUGGGUGCUGUGCUUCUCCCUAUCAGUGAUUGUGUUUGGGGGUGUGGGGAGAAGAGAGAAGACAGAGAGGGGAGCCCCUCCAUACCCCUCUCUCACCUGCCUACCAUUGGAUACCCGCUACUGCCCUGCACUUUCCUACAGUCCGGUUAAUUCUCACUGGCUGCCAUGGAGUUAGCAAUCAGGUUAAUAAUUGCCUGCUCUCUGUACCUGAAGGCUGCUGGGGACUAUGAUGGAAGGUGGCCCAGACAGAUUGCAUCCACCACAGGACUGUGUCGCUAUGGUAACAGGAUAGACUGCUGCUGGGGAUGGGCUCGUCAGUCAUGGGGACAGUGUCAGCCUUUCUACUACGUCUUAAGACAGAGAAUAGCCAGCGUAAGGUGCCGAUCGCAAGCCAUUUGUCAGCCAGCAUGUAAACAUGGGGACUGUGUAGGCCCAAACAAGUGCAAAUGUCAUCCUGGAUACACCGGAAAGACCUGCAACCAAGAUGAUGAGCUGUUGACUACAGUGCCUGAGUGGUAUCAUGAAGUCCCUUUUUUGUAUCCUGUUGAGGCUCCAGCAACAGGGGUACCACCCGGGGAUCUGAAUGAAUGUGGUUUGAAACCUCGGCCAUGCAAGUAUCGCUGUAUGAAUACAUAUGGAAGCUACAAGUGCUACUGCCUGAAUGGAUAUAUGCUGAUGCCAGAUGGAUCCUGUUCAAAUGCAUUAACCUGCUCAAUGGCAAACUGCCAAUAUGGCUGUGACGUAGUCAAAGGAGAUGUCCGCUGUCGCUGCCCUUCACCAGGUUUGCAACUUGGACCAGAUGGCAGAACCUGUGUAGAUGUCGAUGAAUGCGCAACAGGAAAAGUUGUGUGCCCCAGACAGAGAAAAUGUGUUAACACUUUUGGAAGCUACAUUUGCAAGUGCCAUGAAGGCUAUGACUUGAUACAUGCUGCAGGGAAAUACCAAUGCUUUGAUAUUGAUGAAUGCUACACGGGCCAGUAUCAAUGCAGUCAAUUUGCAAGAUGCUACAAUACUCCUGGGUCCUACAAAUGUAAAUGUAGUGAAGGUUAUCGAGGCAAUGGAGCUGAGUGUUCACGCAUCCCAAGAGUGAUGAUAGAUCCUUCUGGCCCACAUAAUUUUCUACCAGGUAAAGAUAGCACAAGGAAUAUAAUAAGAGGAAAUAGCAGCAAUUUGAGUGGUAGUGAAGGAAGCAGCAACAGGAUUCCAGACUUAAUUGGCAGAGAUCCUAAGAGGCCUCCCUCACCCUCAUAUAUUACAGCUAAACCUGCUCCUAAGACUACAGCCAAACCUACAACACGGCCACUGCCAAAGCCAGUGACUAGGCCAGCACCCAAACCUGUCACAAGGCCUGCUCCAAAACCAGAGACAAGGCCACCUCCACAGCCUACAACAAGGAUUCUGACACAACCAGUGACAAGGCCACCACCAGCAACUACAAGGCCACCACCAGCAACUACAAGGCCACCACAACCAGCAGUCACAAGGCCUCCUCCGCCAGUUGUCACAAGGCCUGCUCCAAGACCAUCCACUAGCCCUGCCAUCAAAACAACAACAAGGCCAGCACUUGUUGUUACAAAAGAACCUGAGAUUGCAUUACAUACUACUGUUCCAGUUGAUAAUAGGAUAAAAGUGGAGCCAGAGAAGCCUAGAGGAGACGUCUUUAUUCCACGCCAAGGAGUGCAACACAAUCUCUUUGAUAUCUUUGAAGUGGAAAAAGGGCUAAGUGCGGAUGAAUAUGAAGAAAAUGAUGAUCCAGGUGUUUUGAUUCAUUCCUGCAAUUUUGACAGUGGACUGUGCGGCUGGAUCAGGGAUAAAGAAAAUGAUUUACAUUGGGAACUAGUAAAAGAUGAGUCAGGGGGGCAGUAUCUGACUGUUAUGGAGCCCAAAGGACAUGCAGGAAAAGCAGCUCGAUUGGCCCUACAUCUUGGACACCUAUCACUUUCUGGAGAUCUGUGCCUUUCUUUUAGGCAUAUUCUGUCUGGGGAACAUUCGGGCAAGCUUCAGGCCUUUGUAAGGAGAACUGGUGCCUCUCAUGGACCUGCAGUUUGGGGGCGCAAUGGCGGAAACGGCUGGAGAGAAUCACAUAUAAAUAUACUGGGAAAAAACAUCAAAAGUAUAAUUUUUAAAGCUGAAAGAAGUAAACAGAGAAUAGGACAACUUGGGCUCGACGACGUGAGUUUGAAGAGAGGUCAAUGCUCUAAAACACACUAGAGCGGAACUUAAAGUGACAGCCAUUCGAUGCCUGGCUAAGCUCAGGACAAGAGCACGAGGGAAAUUCAAUGCUGUUUUGAAUUUCUGAUGGAAUCAGAAUUCUCAAAGAUACUUUGUUCCCUCCUUUAAGAACCUGAUAGUGGGCACAAAAGUUCAAGUCAGCACGUUUCCAAAGAAUAUGUUAUGCUUAUAUAUAUUACUCAAGAUCAAUUCCUGGCGGGGACUAAAGAAGAAAAUUGGAAAAAUACAUUUUGUUCAUAUGUAUACUGUUAAAUACCUGUGCCUGUUCAUGUACAAAAUGAACACCACCAAGAACCCAUGUUAGUAUUAAAAGUCAUGUAAAUAACAUAUUUAUCUUGUGUUAAUAGAAUUGGCCUCCAGAAACAGUAUGGCGGGAUGAAAAUAAAUCAUGAAAUUCAAGACCCUAUACCCCAGUUAGUUAGCUUAGUAAUCAUAAGGAAGCAAGGCCAUUGGCACAAAGGACACAGUACAGGAAUAAAAAUUUGCUUCAUUCUAGCUUGUCAUCCCAUCUAGUCAUCUCUCAGUGUAGCUAAAGAACAAAUCAUCAGCUAUGGGUAGGGCUGUGACGUUGGCACAUUGCCAGUAAUGCUGCUAGCAGGAUGCCUAGUCAUAUGGAGAGAAUAGGGGUGUCCCCAUAUAAGAAACAGCUCACACAUCCAACAGUAUUAUUUUAAGACAGUUGGUUACUGAUACCUUUUGAAUGUGUCUGUGGCCUAUAUUUUCACUCCUGUAUAAAGAUGUUACUGAUUUUGUAUACCUCUCAACAUGAUGGAUGAUCUUGGCCAUGCCCAAUCACCCUUGGACAUGGCACAAGUCCUCCAAGCAUGCCAUUCAUAUGGAAAACUGGGCUGUAAAGGGCAGAAGCAAUCAUACACUUAUUCAGUUUCAUUUUAAACAAAGGAGUGAUGACAUUUGUCCUGUAUAAGAUUAUAUUUACUGUUUUAUUUGGGGUUUGGACUGUGAACUACUUAGUCCAACCUGAAAAAUAAUAUUACAAAUCUAUGUCAUAAUCAAAUCACAAAGACUGCUUUUAUUUUAGCACCACAUUACCCAGAUGUAGCAACAGUCUGAAGUCCCAAAUCAAAGAAAAGGUCUCUUUAUAAACCAAAAAGAUAGACAUGAAGUGUUGGUGACACACAUUGCCAUAAAAUAAUUAUUCUGUAAUAAUAAAAUGAACAGGGAUGUAGAAUAAUUCAUAGGUAAGGGCUGAAAUAUCUGGUUACACUUCCAUAUGAUUGUCCUGUUGUUGACAAACUGCUAAUUCAUUUUCAGUGUACCAUGAAGAGGACUUGGGGGGAUAUCACUUAGAUCUGUCUUGUAGGGGCAGGUAACACUUGUGCCUUAUUGCAUGUGCCAAAUGUCAUGGGGAAAUUGGAUCUGAACAAGCCUACCUUCAGUAAUAAGCAAUUGCAAUAUGAAUACUAUAUAUGAGUAAUGUAAUAACAGGAGCAAAGUUAAAAACCAUUUACAGAUGGAUGCGUUAAAGUCAGUGUGUGUGCAUAGUCAGCCAACUGAUUGGUAAGGGUUAUUAAAUGUGGCCCCUGGUGCUCCUUAGCAUUAUGCAUUCCAACAUCUCAGUGCCCACCAUUGUACAAUUCCAUGUUGCCCCAUACAAUUAAAUGAGUUUGUUGAUACAUAUAUAGAUAAGUCAAUCUGCAUCAGUUUGACACAUAGAUUAAAAGCAAAAAUAUAAAGUAAAUGUGAUGAGAAUACCGAACAGCAACACAUUCUGCCUGAAUUUUAUUGGAAUUUUGGGUCUAAAUGUAGAAAUUACCACUUGGGCAUAAAGGAUUUUCCAUGGGGAGGGGGUAUUGCAUUAUGAUCAGUUUUAUAUAUUCAUAUGUUCUUGUAUAUGUUCUUUAAUUUCUUUGGCACUUAUAUGUAGACAAGCUGCCUUACUAGGAAGCUCACAAUUCUGUUUGUCUAUUCACCUUAGAGAAAAAUGAAUUUGACAAUGCAUUUAUUAAGUACAGAGAGCAAGUACCUCCCAACGGGGGGGGGGGCAGGAGUGUAAGGGGCCAGGUAAGGCCCUAACUAAUGAGCGUUUUCAGUAUAUCUUAGCAGUAUUUUGGGGCCUAAAUUAAAUUUGCUGUUUGGCCCAGUAACCUUUAGUUACGCUACCGAAUGGUAACAACGAAAUGCCAACAAUAUCCUGCAGCUAAUGCAGCACGACAUAAAACGUCACCAAAACUACUGAAAUUCAGGUUAAAGGGAAAUCAUUGUGUAUAUUUUGUCUGAUACUGUAUUUUAAAUUUGAUGAAAAACAUGUUUAUAUUCAUUUAUUGUUUCUACCAAUGUUUAGUAUAUCUUAUCUGGUGCUUCUUUAUAUAUCUCUUUGUUCCAUCACAAAGUUAACAGUAUUCAAGCUCCAGCAAAGCAACAUUUCCAGUUCAUGAUAUUGCUUGAAAUAAAAGAGAGCCACUUAUUUUAAUUUAUUUGCGUAUCUGAGAGAACAGCUUGCACUGUACGUAGGGCUGUCGUUCUUUAUGUGCGUGGUUUUUUUUCUUUUUACCGCAUUUGGACGUUUCUAUUCUUUAAGGCACUGUAUUUUUAAGCGAAAACUGUAUAUAAAGGUACACUGAAACUAUCCUGUAUUUAUAAAGAAUAUGUACCAAUGCCUGACAGUUGCAUCAUUCUUUGUGUCUGUAUUUUAUUUAAGUACUGUAUCUGAAUAUUCAUGGAAUUAAAAAGACUGUUUGAUUUA